CAUCGUUUCGAUGGUGACUGCUCGGAUGCUUCAAUCGCUUCUUCGAUACCUUUGAAAUUUCGGAGCUACAAAAUUGAAUCGAUUUGGAAUUGAAAAUUGAUGCGUUUAACAAAAACAAUUCAUUAGAAUUAUUUCAAAUGGAAUUCGAUCGAUGGAAUCGAAGUAGAAACAAUUGAAUAGUUGUGAAUCAAUGGCAGGUCUUCCACUACCGCCUCCAAACCCUCCACCAUUAUCAACUCGCAAUCAGACUUCAACUUCAAGCUCCGCGAACUUCGCUCAAAUUCCUUCAUGGGUAUCGCUGAAACGCAGUUCUUCUACGAUCAAAACCGAGAAAAUCCAACAAGGGAAGCUCGAGAAUUUACAUUUGGUUUCACUUUCCAAACAAGGGAAGCUCAAGGAAGCCCAUGAUUUUCUCAAAGAAAUGGACGAUGCUGAUGUUUCUGUCACUCCACACUCGUAUCAAUGCCUAUUUGAAGCAUGUGGGAAGUUGAGAUCCUUGGCUGAUGGAAGAUUAAUUCACGAUCGGCUGCGAAGAACAGUGAAGAACCCAUCUGGGUCUAUUGAGAAUUGUCUUCUGAGAAUGUACUGUGAUUGUGGGAGUUGCAUAGAUGUACAGAAAGUGUUCGAUGAAAUGCUUAUGAAAAACUUGGUGUCUUGGGUUAUAGUCAUAUCUGCUUAUGCCAAGAAUGGAGAAUUGGAGAAAGCUAUUAGGUUGUUUUCUGAUAUGCAGGCAUCGGGAAUUAGACCGAACUCUGCUGUCUAUAUGAGCCUCUUGCAGUCUUGCUUGGGUCCUUCAUUUCUAGAGCUUGGUAAACAGAUACAUUCCCAUGUGAUUAGAGCUCAGUUGAAUGCCAAUAUUACAGUGGAAACAGCCAUAUGCAACAUGUAUGUGAGAUGUGGGUGGUUAGAGGGGGCCAAGCUUGUUUUUGAUGGGAUGGAUGCACAGAAUGCUGUGACUUGGACUGGGUUGAUGGUGGGUUACACUCAAGCCAAGAAGCUGGAGGUUGCUUUGGAACUGUUUGCUAGGAUGGCAAUGGAAGGCGUGGAAUUGGAUGAGUUUGUAUUCUCUAUUGUUCUCAAGGUGUGUUGCGGGCUGGAGGAUUGGGAUAUGGGGAGGCAGAUUCAUAGUCACAUUGUUAAACUUGGGGCCGAAUCAGAAGUUUCAGUGGGGACUCCUCUUGUGGACUUCUAUGUCAAAUGUGGAGAUAUAGAAUCUGCAUAUCGAUCAUUUGGGAGGAUAUCUGAACCAAAUGAUGUUUCAUGGAGUGCUCUAAUUUCGGGUUUUUCCCAAUCUGGUAGGUUGGAGGAUUGUAUUAAGAUCUUUACGUCUUUGAGGAGUGAAGGCGUGGUUUUAAAUUCUUUCAUAUACACCAGUGUUUUUCAAGCCUGUGCGGCACAAGCAAACUUGAACAUGGGCAGCCAAGCUCAUGGGGAUGCAAUAAAAAGAGGUCUUGUUUCAUACCUAUAUGGAGAGAGUGCAAUGGUUACUAUGUAUUCAAAAUGUGGGAGACUAGACUAUGCUCGUCGGGCCUUUGAAUCGAUAGAUGAGCCUGAUGCUGUGGCUUGGACUGCUAUAAUUUCAGGUUAUGCCUAUCAUGGCAAUGCUGCAGAAGCUCUAGGGUUUUUCAGGAGGAUGCAGAGUUAUGGUGUUAGGCCAAAUGCAGUUACCUUCAUAGCAGUUUUAACUGCUUGUAGCCAUUCGGGUUUAGUUGCAGAGGCCAAGCAGUACCUCGGCUCAAUGAGCAGGGACUAUGGUGUGAAGCCAACGAUUGAUCACUAUGAUUGUAUGAUUGAUACAUACUCUCGUGCUGGGCUGCUCCAGGAGGCACUUGAAUUGAUAAACAGGAUUGCCUUGUACCAGCUCCACCUUGUGAAAGCAGAAACCGCUAGAGCUUUCAUCCCAAAAGAGUUCAGAUUAGUUGAAGCUUUUGGAUACACUCUUGGUGGCUUUUUUCUUGCCAGUUAUGAGGACAGCCCAGCUGGAGUUUUUGAUGAGCUCGUGGUGAUUGCAGGGAUAGUGUGGAACCCACCAACAUCUUGCGCAUGGGCUGCUAGAGUGCUUGUGAACAGUGAUGAAGCUUGUGUUCAUGGACGGAAGGCUGUAGGGCUUCCAAGUCAGGUUGCGAGGUUUUCAAAGAGAAUUACUGCAAUUCCAAGGCAACAAAGGAGUAAGACCAAUGGCUUUCUUAACAUGAUCGGCAUCGGUAAUACUUUCAAUAGUCCAAAGGAUUGUAUGGAUGUUCAAGUGACAGAAAUUGAGGGUCAUACUGCUGCAGAUGCCUGUAGUGUUAACCUUAACACUGCUGUGCCUUUGCUGAAACCCGAGAAGUGGAUGGGGCCAGCUAUCAAAAUGUCGCUUCCAAGCUUUAGUGGCCAUACGGUGUAUAAUCCGAACCUUCUCAAAUACUCCUGCCAAAUCGAAUGCAGGGUGAGAGCAGUGAAGCCAGCCAGAGUAUCAAGUCCCUCUCCUGGGCCAAAAAAUGAGAAGGAAAAUGAGAAAGAAGGAUCUCCCAGACACCAGAUUUUCAGUUCCAUGGACUCCACAGCUGUAGAAACCAUUGAAAAUGGAGAAAACCUCUGCGUUUCCGUGAUGUUAUCUAAGCCUGUAUUAGCUCUGGAGUUUAACUGUCUGAACAUGCAAGUUGAAGCCCCCAUUGUAGUUUCCCACUGCUCCAAGAACACUUUAGGAGGUUCUUGAUCAUCUCCUUGGUUUUUUCUUUUUCUUUUUCCAGCUGAUUAUGUACAAUAAAUCGAUAAUCCAAGUUUCUUUGCCUGGUUUUGCUCCUAA